AUGGAAGAUAUUACAACCUUUCCUUAUGAUUCUUUAUAUAACGAUAAUUCUGACUUGUUAUUCAACGCUUAUUAUAAUUUUUCAUAUAAUGAUUCUGACCAAUCAUUCAACUCUUAUCAUAACUCUUUAUACGAUUCUUUUAAUCUGAUGCUUAAUUUUUCAUAUGAUUUUUCAGACCUAUUCCUUGAAAAUAAUGAAAAAGAUAAUAGAAUCCAAAUAGAAAAAGAAUGUAUGGUGAAAAAUCAUCAGAAAGAAAAUAAUAGCAACAUUCAAAUAGUAAAUAAAAGUAUGAUAGAUAUUAUAGAUUAUCAAAGCGAUCAUCAGGAAGAAAAUAAUAAUGAAAUUCAAAUGGAAGUGGAAGAUGAUUCAGAAGAUUAUUGCAGCAAAGAAUAUGAUGAUGAUAGCGAAUAUGAAGAAGAAGAAGAUGGAUUAUUAAAGUUAAAUAAAGGAAUGAAAUUUGAAACAUGGGAACUUGCCAAAUCAUACCUUGAUGAAUAUGCGAAGCAAAAUGGAUUUUGCUUUCAUAAAAUAAGACGUGUAUUAGAUCCAAAUGAUAAUACAAUUGUUAGACGCUGA